AUGGCCCAAAGAAGACCGAUUCCUGUCACCUCUCGAAUGGACAUUCAACCGUAUGAUCUCUCACAAAGACCCAGUUAUCAAACAGAUGAGCAUGUAAAACGGCCCAUCAAUCCAUUUAUGCUUUGGUGUAAAUCAAAAAGAGCGGAUAUGCUGAAAAAGAAUGCCGGAAUGAAGCCAUCGGAAGUCAGUAAACAGUUAGGAGAAGGAUGGAGGAAUAUGUCGGAAGCCGAGAAGAAACCAUUCAGAGAUGAGUCGGCGAGAUUGAAGGCUGAACAUGUUAAGAACCACCCAACCUACAAAUACCAACCAAAACGAAAGCCAAAAAGAAUAAAAUCAGAGGAUCUACCACCCGAAAAUGCCUCCCCCCAACGUCACUCGUCAUCCAGAGAGUCCAGUUUUUCGGAACCUCACGAUUCUCCCUCAAUUCCCCAGCAACAACCACAAUCUUCAAAUAUCCAAUCUUCAAAUAUUCCAACAUUUCCAUCACUUUACACCGGCGGUUUGAGCUCUCCUGUGGCUCCGCCCCCUUUGACAAAUCCAAUGAUGCCUUAUGGUGGACUUCCAUUUAAUUUUGGAUAUCCAUCUGGACCAGGAGCACCUCAAAACAUGCUUAGUGAUCCCCAAAAUAAUGGUUUUAACAAUUUGAAUCUGCCAAAUUUGAUAAAUCUGAAUGGACCUGGAAAUCCAGGAACUGGACCACAAGAUUCGGAAGGAAACCUUCCAUUUUUCUAUUGA